AUGGGUUGUCAGAGAAUAUAUGAUUUGCCCGAAGAUUUGCUAUUGUGGAUCUUACUCCUCGUCCCGACAAAAGAUGCAAUCGCCACUGCGAUCUUGUCUAAACGUAACGUCUGGAAGAUGCUGUAUGAACUUGUCUUCAGAGACGAGCAAGGCAGCGAGAGCGUUGGGUGGUUAAUUGACAAGUCACUGCAACUCCUUGAGGCACCGAGACUAGACAGCCUGGUUGUGGAACUGCGAUCUUGUCAUGUUGACGUAGAUGUCAGAAAGUGGGUUGAGAAGGCGGUGAAGCUCGGCGUGAGAGAGUUAGAUUUCAGUCUCCUCUGGACAGGAGAGCCCACAAGCUUACCUAAGAGCAUUUACACAUGUGGCACGCUCGUUCGUUUAUCUCUAUCCAACCAGAUUCUCGUCCAUGUUUCUUUCCCGGCGAGCCUACCAUCUCUCUUACAUCUGGGACUUGUCAACGUGGUGUACAAAGACGAGGACUCUCUUGCUAGGCUUUUAUCAAGUUGCCCUAUUCUCCUCAAACUGGUGGUUGAACGACCUGGAUAUGACAACUUGACAAACUUUACCGUGAAAGUGCCUUCACUGAAAGAAUUACGGUAUACCAAUAGAUGGCGCGAGCAAGAAGAAGAAGAAGAAGAAGAAGAGGAAUAUCCCAGUGGGUCGUUGGUGAUAGAUACCCCUGCAUUAGAAGAUGUAGUCAUAAAUGACAAUUGGGGAGAUUACUGUACUUUCAUAGACAAUAUGCCUUACCUUAAUGUGGUAUACAUAAACAAUAUUCCUAACCCUCAUGAGAAGUUUUUGAUAUUUUUUUCUUCUUCGAGACGUCUGAGCAUGUAUUUAUCCGAAGCACUUGCACCGGUUGCAUGUUGUAACACUGUUAAGUUUUCUCGGCUCAUGGAUCUAAACUUUUUUACAGAAAAACCAGUAGAUUGGUUGGAAGCACUUAUUUUGAUGCUUCAAAACUCUCCUAAAUUGAAAACUCUUAGGAUCGACAGUAUGGGGUGGUGUGAGGCAUCUUCCUGGAACCAGCCGAGUACGAUUCCCGGAUGCUUAUCGUCUCAUCUAGAGAUUGUUUGGUGGAAACAAUAUGGAGGCAGCGAAGAUGAGAAACAGCUACUGCCAUACAUCCUCGCAAACUCAAAGUGUUUAAAGCGAGUGGAGAUCGAUAUCUCCCUCAUACCAACGUACAAUCUCCAAGAGUGCCAAAAGGAGUUAGAAUCUAUCCCUAGGAUUUCACCAUCAUCCCGCCUUCUGUAUUAUACCCCUCAACCCAAUUGGAAGUUUUCUUGA